GUGUGCGAGUCGUCUUCCAUACCGGUUCAUUGAGUUUAGCCUUCAGUGCUGCUCCAGGCAGCCCUUGUUGGGAACUGUUUUCAUUCAUAAAAAUCACUCUUGUGUUACUCGAAGGGAGACACACGUUAUCGAUUUUUCGUGAACGGGCAUCCCACUUACUCCGCAGCGUCAAGCAACCGAGUGCGUAGUGACAGCCAUACUUAUAUCACAGUCUCGUGCAUUUGGAAGAUAAACACAAACAAAAGCGGAGGUGCAUCAGCCAGUGAGAAGUUGCCAGGGUUACAUUUUGAUUGAAGUUGCGCUGUGUCCUCGAAACGCCAAUUCGCAUCUUCUUACAACAGGAAAUAGUGUAGGCUAGUAGCAAAAUGAAAUAAGAUUAGGGAGUGCUCGCGUUCCAGAAGAAUCAGUGAGUUAGAGAAAGAAUCUUCAGUUCAGUGCAUAAAGAAGCUGCUGCUCUGUGACGAGUUCGUGAUUUAUAAGUUCCCGAUAAAAGAGUGUUGAAUAUCGCUCAAAUAUGAUUCUCAGUCAAUCUUCAACCAUGUCAUCUACACUAGCGCUAGUUAUGUUAAUACUCACAUUCCACAAAGCCAGUACGGAGCUCUUUACUGCGCUUGCUGACAUGGAAGAACUCUUGGAGACUGAAGCCGUUCUGAUAGCAAAUUUAGAUAACUACAUCCGAGUGCAAGAGGAUAAGCUGACUCAGCUGAGGAGGAGAAGCGCUGAGUACCAACGAGAACACACAGAAGCCGCCAAAGAUGUCGGUGUGUACCUCUCGAAUCCAGUAAAUGCGUUCCUCCUAACGAAACGCCUCACAACGGAUUGGCGGGAAGUGGAAAAUCUUAUGUCAUACGACGUGGGUUCGGACUUUCUGGAGAACGUAACCAACUACAGGGAUGUUCUUAAAUUUCCCUCGGAUGAAGAUCUUAAUGGAGCCGCGGUGGCGCUGAUGCGACUGCAGGACACCUACAAACUAGACACAGCUUCCGUUGCGCGCGGGGAGCUGAAUGGAAUCCAGUACAGCACUGAGAUGACAGCUGGAGAUUGUUUCGAGCUGGGGCGGCAAACUUACUUGAAUGGAGAUUACUACCACACAGUCCUCUGGAUGCGGGAAGCGAUGGAUCGCCUUUCGCAAGAAGUCAACCGAACAACGACGAAAGCAGAUGUGCUGGAGUAUUUGGCGUUCUCCACAUUCAAGCAGGGUAAUGUGCAUACUGCCCUCCUUAUGACCAAUGAACUGUUGGAGUUGGUACCGGACCAUGAAAGAGCAGUCGGAAACAAGGUCUAUUACGAGAAGGAAUUGGAAAAAGAAGCAAAUCAAAAAGCAUUACGGGGAGAUGAUGGCAGCUCGGAUGUUCCUGUAGAUACUUCAACAAACAUUCGAACAACCAGUAACCCACACGUGUACGAUACAUCUGAGCGAAAGCUCUACGAGCAAUUAUGCAGAGGGGAAGCCGAACGCUCUGUAGCAGAAACAUCCAAGCUAAAGUGUCGAUAUGUUACCAAUAAGUCACCAUUCCUCAAAAUAGCACCCCUCAAACUCGAGGAAGCCAACCUCAAGCCAUAUAUUGUAAUCUACCACGACGUCAUAGCUGAGAAGGAGAUGGAAUUGGUCAAGCGGCUAGCCAAGCCAAGAUUCCGACGUGCGACGGUGCAGAAUUACAAAACGGGUGAACUGGAAGUAGCAAACUACCGUAUCAGUAAAUCCGCGUGGUUAAAGGAUCAUGAGCAUCCGUACAUCAAGGCUAUCGGCGAACGGGUGGAGGAUAUGACAGGCCUCACAAUGACAACUGCUGAGGAAUUGCAAGUGGUGAACUAUGGCAUCGGUGGCCAUUAUGAGCCACACUUCGAUUUUGCCAGAAGAGAAGAGAAAAAUGCUUUCAAGAGCCUAGGAACGGGUAACCGAAUCGCCACGGUUUUGUUCUACAUGAGCGAAGUAACUCAAGGAGGCGCAACAGUAUUUCCUAGUCUUCGAUUGGCACUGUGGCCCAAAAAGGGCGCAGCUGCAUUUUGGUUUAACCUCCAUGCCUCGGGUCAUGGAGAUUAUUCUACGCGACAUGCUGCCUGUCCUGUGCUUACCGGAACUAAGUGGGUGUCAAAUAAAUGGAUCCAUGAGCGUGGACAGGAGUUUUUGAGGCCCUGUGAGCUGCAGCCAGAUCACCCAGAGGAGUUUUGACAGCAAAUUGUAUACGAAGACGAGCUAGAUGAACUGAGUGAGGACUUCGAUGAGGAUGCCCAGUUCACUUGAACUGAUUAUUAACAGUUGCCAUGACGUUGGUUUCUUCCCAGUGAAGGAAUGAUGACUCUUACCAAACUAGAUUUUGAAAUACAGAGAUUUUAUAUAUAUAUUUUAGGAAAAGAAUAACACCAAAAUUGAUAGGUUUUUGCAUUUAAAUAAAUGGAUUAUUUAUACAUUUGAUUUGUUUAGGAUUUCAGACUAAAAUACAUUGAAACUGCAACGCUUCCAUCGUAUUGAGGCACACAGUUUUUAGUCUGUACGGAUUACUAUGUACUUCACCUUGCAGUAAAUUUAAAUGUUUUAAAUAAAAAAAUGAGCAAAA